AUGCAUUUUGUGAGGCUGCUUUAUGCUGUAGUUGUCAUCUGGCUAAGGUUUUGCGGAGCUCAGUACGGAGUUCCAUAUGGGGGUCAGACAGGGUACGGGGGUACAGCAAACCCUCUGUACCCCAACUACGGAUAUGGCAGCAAGCCAGUGUAUGGAUACUCACCUAAUCCGGCGUACACAGGCACGUCGCAGUACGGAUACUAUCAAUCUCCAACUUAUAGCGGAUAUGGAUACUCUCCAAACCCAGCUUAUGGCGGAUAUGGAUAUGGGUACUCUCCAAACCCUGCAUAUGGAUCAACGUCCCCAUAUGGAUACUCCCCCAACCCAGCCUACGGGAAUCAGUAUGGAUAUCAUCCGCCUCAGACCUAUCCACCUCCGAAGUAUCCACCUCAGACUUAUCCACCUCCGAAGUAUCCACCUCAGACUUAUCCACCUCCACAGUAUCCACCUCAAACGUACCCACCUCCACAGUAUCCGUCGCCGUAUCCGCCCACGCCUCCGAAUUAUCAGCCGCCAUACCAACCACCCACCAUUCCGCCAUAUAAACCAACGCUCGAAGACCUGCUGCGCGGCUGGGCCACAUGGACCGACUACUCGGACUGCUGCGCAGGCGUGCAGUCCCGCAUCCGAUACUGCCUGAACCCCCGAGCCCUGGGGUCGGACCCUUGCAGGGGAGCGGCCGUGGAGUUCCGAACCUGCGGCACUACGACUUGUGUCUAAGCAGCCUGGUAGUACAUCAAGGCGCUUUGCCACACCAAGGCCACACAAAGGGCUAGGAUAGAUCUGAAAAUCGACCAUAGUGCAUCGCAUGCAGUCAGAAAGCCUUCAUUUUCAUAGACGGAUGCAGGGU